GAGGAGGGAGGACUGAGGGAGGCAGUAGCAAAUGGUGACGCAGCUCCUGGUGGGAUGCAUACCCAUCAGAGCUCGGUGGGUUACGACGGCGUCUUAUUCGGCCCACCAGAAUCAGAAUCAGAGUCACUACGGUGUUCUGGGCGUUACACGCUACGCCACAUCCGCCGAUAUCAAGAGGCCCCUCGCUCGUAAGUAUCAUCCUGAUGUUUGCAAGGACUCUCAAGCCGGACAAGUAUUCUUGAACAUCCGUCAAGCAUAUGAGAUACUAUCUAAUGAAGGAACCAGGACUCAGUAUGACCAAGAACUUAAAUUUCAGAAAGAGACUGGUAGACAAUAUAGAGGACGGCAGAACUACAGUCCUGAUUUCAAAGAUGGUGUAAGGAUCUAUAAGUGGGCUGAGGUGAGACAGAAGAUGAAACGUGAGCAACAGUGGGAAUAUUAUAAUGUAAAUGAAGAGGCAUCGUAUGGUAAAUCAGACGAAGCAUCUGAAGGAGAGCCAUUCCAAGAGAGAGGUUCCUUCAGCGAAGUGCUUAGAUCCGCCUUUGUAUCUCUGUUUUUAUUGCAGACCGUCGGAUCCCUUUUAUCUCUCACUUUUAGUAGUCUGAUGGCCUUGUUUGACAAGAAGUUGGAUGCUGGGUAAAAGAUUGGUUAUGUCAUUGCAUGGAUUUUGGGUGGAAGGGGCGGUAUCUUGCUCACUAUGUGUUUAUCUUUUGCAAGUUGGGUUUGUGGAAAAACCAGCAGCAGUAUGGUUGCUCUGGUGGUGGUAGCCAUGUGGGUUGGCUCCAAUCUUGCGAGAGUUGCACCAAUUCCUCAAGGUGCUCUUCUUACGCUCCUCUACAUGUCCAUCAAGCUACAAGGUGAUUUGAAUUAAAAUCAUUUCGGUUGCUUCAUCUCCAAUGUAAUUAUUCUACAGAUAUUCUUCUCCCCAUCAUCUCUGUUUUUGUUUUGUUUUGCCGAAAGCGAAAAAAUUGUACAGAAAGUUUAUGAAUGUUUGUUGUACGAUAGCAUCAUGUGACCUGGUUCUUUUUUCUUGAGGAAAAUGGGGAAAUUCAUGCUCUUUGAGA